AUGAGGUACCUGGAUAGAAUAAUUGAUUCCAGAUGUGUACUGGAUAACUUCCUUUCAUGGCGAACCAAGCAGAACCAGAACUUUAUGACAGGAAGAGCAGUAAUUCCAUGUCUGGCAGGCCCAAAAUCUGUACCAGUAUUGUCCCGCCGCAUUACGUACAAGGUGAUUGAAGAGAAAAUGUACUGGGAUGAGGGACAGAAAGUAUGUGAAAUUCUAGGAGGACGCUUAGCAGACAUAAAGACACAAGCAGAGGAAGAAUUUUUAGAGAGAUACGUCUUUCCCGGAUAUAGUCGUAACUUUUGGCUAGGUGCAACAGACUUUAAAAACCUAGGAACGUAUCUCUGGCUAGACGGAACCAAAGUUUCUGAUUUUUACGUCAACUGGUCGCCAAGACAGCCCAAUAGAGAAGAAGAGCAUUGUGUUAUCGCUUCGAAUUUAGACGGUUGGGGAUGGCGUGAUACGGAUUGUCAGAGCAAGCAGUUCAGUUUAUGUGAAUUUUAA